AUGCGCCACGGAUCUGGAUCUGCGUCAAAGAAAAAGCACAAGCAGGAUCGUGCUUACUCAACCUUCUCCAACAACUGUGUAGUUAAGUCAGCGUCUAAGCGCUACUUGUUGUUGCGCUGCAGCAAUUUGACAUUUUCUGGACUUUCGCCGUAUCAACGCAACUUCAUCACAUUGUUUCCAUACGCAUUAUCUGAUCGUGGCUUGGCUGCAUUACCCAACAUAUCGUUAUGUUUGCCCGGUUUCCGAUAUCCUCUCCUCUUCAUCUCUGCAGCACCACUACAUACAAACUGCACCUAA